GCUCAUCUUUGCACUAGCUAGGACUCAAUCAGCAACGCAUCUGCAUCCCUAAUUGGCAACUACUCUUUAUCUAAUCGAAUUUGAAUCACGAUCCCCAUCUAUAUAAACAAAACCUCCACAUUCCCAGCAAUGGCGAAGCUAGAUUACCCUGACGAAAUUCAUGGCGGCGCCUGGCCUUCGGGGCUCAUCCGUGGCGCUUGUCCUCGCCGCGACGGUUCUUGGCUCAUUUUACCUCAGACCCGCCGUCUCGCAGCAGCAGGGCCAGGGAGAGGAAGCUGCAGGCGAGGAGGAGGAGGCGCAGCGGCAGAGGUACAACUUCCGGUUCGUGCGGCACGCGCGGGACGCGCCGCUGGUGUCCCACUACAACUACAUCGUGGUCGGCGGCGGCACGGCGGGCUGCCCGCUGGCGGCCACGCUGUCGGAGCGUUCGCGCGUGCUCCUCCUGGAGCGCGGCGGCUACCCGUACGGCAACCGCAACGUGUCCAGCGAGUACCACUUCGCGGACGCGCUGGCGGACACGUCGCCGCGGUCGCCGGCGCAGCGGUUCGUGUCGGAGGACGGCGUCGUCAACGCCCGCGCGCGCGUGCUGGGCGGCGGGAGCUGCCUCAACGCCGGCUUCUACACGCGCGCCAGCAGCGAGUACGUGCGCGCCGCCGGGUGGGACGCGCGCCUGGUGAACGCCUCGUACCGGUGGGUGGAGCGCGAGCUGGUGUUCCGCCCGGACGUGCCGCGGUGGCAGGGCGCGCUCCGCGAGGGCCUCCUCCAGGCCGGCGUCACCCCGGACAACGGCUACACCGUCGACCACGUCCCCGGCACCAAGAUCGGCGGCACCAUCUUCGACAGCGCCGGCCGCCGUCACACCGCCGCCGACUUCCUCCGCGGCGCCAACCCCAGGCGCCUCACCGUGUUCCUGCACGCCACCGUGUCGCAGGUCCUCUUCCGGCGCAGAGAGGGGUCGGCGAGCCCCGUGGCGUACGGUGUGGUGUUCACGGACCCCAUGGGGGUGCAGCACCGCGUGUACCUGCGGGGCGUGGGGAGGAGCGAGGUGAUCCUGGCGGCGGGGACGCUGGGGAGCCCGCAGCUGCUGAUGCUGAGCGGCGUCGGCCCGCGCGCGCACCUGGAGAAGCACGGCGUCCGCGCCGUCGUGGACCGCCCCAUGGUCGGGCAGGGCGUGGCCGACAACCCCAUGAACUCGGUGUUCGUCCCGUCCCCCGUCCCCGUCGCGCUCUCGCUGGUCCAGGUCGUCGGCGUCACCCGCUUCGGCAGCUUCAUCGAGGGCGUCAGCGGCUCCCAGUUCGGCAUCCCCCUCCACUCCCGCCGCCGCGCCCACUCCUUUGGCAUGUUCUCCCCCAUGACGGGGCAGCUCGGGACGCUGCCGCCGAGGGAGAGGACGGCGGAGGCGAUGCGGCGGGCGGCGGAGGUGAUGCGGGGGCUGGACCGGCGGGCGUUCCGGGGCGGCUUCAUCCUGGAGAAGAUCCUAGGGCCGCUCUCCACGGGGCACGUGGAGCUGCGGUCGACGGACCCGCACGCGAACCCGGCGGUGACCUUCAACUACUUCCGGGACCCCAGGGACGUGGAGCGGUGCGUGCGCGGGAUCCAGACCAUCGAGCGGGUGGUGCGCUCGCGGGCCUUCUCCCGCUUCACCUACGCCAACGCGACCGCCAUGGACGUCGCCUUCGACCGUGCCGCGCUGGCCAAGUUCCUCAACUUGCUGCCCCGGCACCCCCGGGACACGCGCCCGCUGCAGCAGUACUGCCGGGACACGGUGAUGACCAUCUGGCACUACCACGGCGGCUGCCACGUCGGGCCCGUCGUCGACCCGGACUACCGCGUCAUCGGCGUCGCCGGCCUCCGCGUCGUCGACAGCUCCACCUUCAAGUACUCCCCCGGCACCAACCCGCAGGCCACCGUCAUGAUGCUCGGCAGGUACAUGGGGCUGAAGAUUCAGGAGGAGGGAUGGAGGCCAGGACCCAGAAAUUAAGCAUGCAUGCAUUCGUCCGUUGAUUCAUUUCAGCCACGGUCACCCACCCAGCCCCAGGCUCCAACCAACCGUUCAUGCUUCCUUCGUGCCGUGGACUGCUUGGGAGAUUCCAUGGGAUUUCUUGUUUCUUUCUUCUAGAGAUUGUUUUGUGGACUGGUUACAUACACAUUGUUGUUAACGUUUGCUGACAUAAAAUUGCACAACAUUUGUGGAACAGAACACUUUGCAUCCAUCAUUUGUGCGAUCAAAACACUUUGCAUUCAUCCCUUUUAUACGGCCACUUUGCAUUGAU